ACGUUCAGCAACCAUACCACUCAGGAAGCCAAGGCAGCAGUACCAGCUCUGACCCCGACAAGUUAUCUGCUAGCUGUCCGGCGGUGUCGGCUCUGUGGAAGGAAAUGGUGUAUAAGAACAUUGUCGGGAUCUCCUGCUCAUGUCUCAGCUUCGUUCUGCUGCUCACAGGGCUCCUCAGCGACUUCUGGUUCGUCAGUUUUGGCUCAGACUUGUUCCACACAGGACUCUGGCAAAACUGCACCAAAAACAUAUGCCAUAAGGUCACAGAGAAAGGAUAUAUUGAGGCCACCCGAGCUUUGCUGAUCUGGUCCACCUCCCUCCUGAUGUUUGCAAUGCUGUUUUCUUGCCUUGCGCUAAUCAACAAACGCAUCGGAAAUAUCACAGCCUCUCUGGUGGCUGCCUCCAUAGAAUGUUCAACAGCAAUCUUCCUUCUCAUCGGGAUGUCUGUCUACACAGCUGAGACUUGCUACACAGUUAUGAACAGUUCUUACAACUACCAGUGGUCCUUCUACCUCUGCUGGACGUCUAACGUGACUGUGAUCGUUGCAGCGAUAUUCCACCUCCUGGCCCACAAGUCAUUACACUUACCUGGAUAUGAGUCUAUGUGAAACACCAACAUCAUCUCCAUCAACAAAAAUAUCCAGUAUCCGGUACUUACAUGACAGUGCUUCUCCGGGGGAAUUAUCACAGAAUCCAGAUCUCUCGUCUCGCCUGUAACUGGGAUGAGCCCGUUAUACUUCUUAUAGAUGACGUCUGUCGCCCCCUAUUGUGUUUGCAUUUUCUGGCCCAGGUUGAUAAAACUACUUACUUAAGAGUUUAAGGGGGAGCUGUAUCAAGGCUUGGAUAGAGAUAAAGUGGAUAGAGAUACUAACCAUUCAGCUUCUUACUAUCACUUUACAGGCUGCGUUUAAAAAUAACAUAAUCUGAUUGGUUGGUACUUUAUCUCUCUCCAAGCGUUGAUACAUCUCCCCCACAUCACAAUGAUAUCAAUACACUGGUCCUAUAAAGUCAUACAUGUGGCCCCUAAAAUUACCAAAUGUACAAGAAUGAACCGACUGAUCUCAAAUGGGUCCUUAUUAAUAUGUUCUUGCAGUAUGGCCCUCAUUCCGAGUUGUUCGCUCGCUAGCUGCUUCUAGCAGCAUUGCACAUGCUAAGCCGCCGCCUACUGGGAGUGAAUCUUAGCAUAGCAGAAGUGCAAACGAAAGAUUAGCAGAAUUGCGAAUAGAAAAUUCUUAGCAGUUUCUGAGCAGCUCCAGACUUACUUCUACACUGCGAUCAGCUCAGCCCGUUUCGUUCCUGGUUUGAUGUCACAAACACGCCCUGCGUUCGGCCAGCCACUCCCCCGUUUCUCCAGACACUCCCGCGUUUUAUCCUGGCACGCCUGCGUUUUUCCGCACACUCCCUGAAAACGGUCAGUUUCCGGCCAGAAACACCCACUUCCUGUCAAUCACACUCCGAUCACUUCAACGAUGAAAAUUCUUAGUUCGGACGUGAGUAAAUCUACUAAGUUUUGUGUUAAAAUACUUAGCGCAUGCGCGCUGCGUACCAUGCAUAUGCGCAUUUUCGCCUUAAUCGCUCCGUUGCGAAAAUCGUCAACGAGCGAACAACUCGGUAUGACCCCCUAUAUGUGGUUGGCAGACUGCCACUAUCAAUCACUCUGUGUGUAGAGCAUUCUUGUCUGGUUCAGCCCCUUGUCCCGAGCGGAGAACAGUCACACCACGCAGAUGGCUACACUACAGUAGAAAGUCGCUGUUUGGUGAACGUCAGGAUUGACAGACUUUAAUUAGGAUAUUCCACCCAAAAUUAAAUGAUUCUUUAGUGGGCUAACUCUGCUAUUUAUUCAUGUUUAGUAUAAUAUUGCUCAAAACCUAACUCACAGACUGUCCCCAUCAACCUCCUUUAAAGGUCCCGGGUUCAGAGAGACACCUGCAGAAGUCCAAGCUGCCGCAGAACACCAGAGAAAGCUCUGUAUCUUGUGCGGCCUUUCCUCUUUUAUGCUAACUUCCACUGUUAAAGGUACCUACCAGUGGGGGUCAUUCUGAGUUGAUCGCUAGCUGCCGUUGUUCGCUGCGUAGCGAUCAGUGAAAAACCCGGCUAAUCUGCGCAUGCGUGUGCUCCGCAAUGCGCACGCGCGUCGUACGGGUACAAAGCCCAUUGUGGUUUUGCACUGGUUCUAGCGACAAUAUCAAUCGCACAGCCGGCCGCAAGGAGAUUGACAGAAAGAGGGCGUUUCUGGGUGUCAACUGACCAUUUUUAGGGAGUGCUUAGAAAAAUGCAGGCAUGGCAGAAAAAACGCAGGUGUGGCUGGUUGUUCGCUGGGCGGGUGUGUGGCGUCAAAAGCCGUCCCUCCGUUGUUAGAAUCAACGCACACGAAGAGUAACUACAGGGCUGGUCUUGUUUUGCACAAAAUGAUUUUGCAGGCGCUCUACUGCACACGCGUUCGCACUUCUGCAAAGCGAAAAUACACUCCCCAGUGGGCGGAGACUAUGCGUUAGCACGGCUGCUAAAAACUGCUAGCGAGCGAUCAACUCGGAAUGACCCCCAGUAUCUGUAAUUUGAAAGGUAAAAGAAAUGGGGGAGGGAUUCUAUUGGUAGAACUGCUAAGAUAUAUAAAAUUCCAUACAACAAUUGGUACUGUAAGUAGUGUAGUCUGUAAAGCAAUGGUUAAUCUAUGCCAGUCCCAACCGCUUUGGAACUUAUUGUGUGUCAUCUGUUCAAUUCAUCGGGUCCAAAUACUUAUCAUCAGUGCAUACCACUCCAGAUAGAUUUUAGAUGGAGGGAGAAGGAGGGCGGGAUAUGGAAUACCAGAAAGUAAUGAGAGCAGGGUCCUGACUGGAUGGCAGAAUUCUUGGUAAGUGUUAGUGCUGGGAAGUUCUUUUUUUUUAAAUAGGAUAAAAUAACGCAGGAAUCCCUUCUAUGGGGGUGAUUCCGAGUUGUUCGCUCGCUAGCUGCUUUUAGCAGCAUUGCACACGCUAAGCCGCCGCCCUCUGGGAGUGUAUCUUAGCUUAGCAGAAUUGCGAACGAAAGAUUAGCAGAAUUUGGUGAAUAGAAAUUUCUUAGCAGUUUCUGAGUAGCUCCAGACCUACUCACAAAUAGCGAUCAGUUCAGUCAGUUUCGUUCCUGGUUUGACGUCACACACACGCCCAGCGUUCGGCCAGCCACUCCCCCGUUUCUCCAGACACUCCUGCGUUUUUUCCUGACACGCCUGCGUUUUUCCGCACACUCCCAGAAAACGGUCAGUUUCCGCCCAGAAACACCCACUUCCUGUCAAUCACACUACGAUCAGCAGAACGAUGAAAAAACCUGGUUAGGCCGUGAGUAAAAUACCAAACUUUUGACCUAAUUUACUUGGCGCAGGCGUGCUGCGUACAUUGCGCAUGCGCAGUUUGCGACUAAUCGCUCCGUGGCGGAAAAAAAUAACGAGCGAACAACUCGGAAUUACCCCCUAUGUUUCCUGAAUUGGUGCAGAUUGCUAACAAUCUUACAUACCACUCUAACU